ACUUGUAAACCUGUUUACGCUGCUAUAAUCCCUAACAUUGCCAUCUCAAGUUUUCUAUGUUAUACCACAGCCAUGAUGAAUAUUGUGACAAUCUACGCUCUGGGAAAAACGUCGUCGAUCUUAAAGCCUUUAAAAAUAUUACUUCUGAGCCUUGCAGUUUCUGACCUCUGCACUGGACUAAUAAGCCUGCCGUUGAACAUCGCUUGGCAGAUCCAAAUGCUACGAUGCAACUUGGAUAAGAUCCCUGCAGUUUUGAAUGUCUUUUGUUCGAAUUUUCUGUAUCUAUCUUCGCUUUUGGGGCUAACUGUUCUAAGCGCAGAUAGAUUCGUUGCCAUUCAGAUGCCUUUGCGAUACAAGGAACUUGUGACUCACAAACGAGUGGUUAUCAUAGUCAUCGCAAAGUGGCUUUUCUGUGCUAUUUUUACAGUGAUCGAUCUUUUCUUUACCCCAAAAGAUUUUUCUUUUGCGAUCCAUUUUACAAUAGAGUCAACUUGCUUUGUUCUUUCGACAUGUUUUUCUUUCAAGGUAUAUUUGACAGCGAAGCUCCACAGGCACCGAUUCCUCGCCCGAUCACAACAGGUUGCUCAAAGCAAUGAACGAACUCUCGCGAGACUCCGGAAAUCUGCACUUGGUACGUUUUGGAUUUAUCUCGUGUUUUUGGCUUGUUAUCUGCCGAAUUUUAUUGUUUAUUGCAUUUUUCAUCUAAAUGUACAUACUGAAAUGCAAACUCUAGAAACCUGCGCGGCGACGCUUGUAUAUGUAAAUUCAUACCUCAACCCUAUCAUAUACUGUUGGAAGAUGAGACCUAUUCGACGAACCAUGAUGAACAGCCUUCGAGGCCUUAUUAGAAAGUGA